AUGGUGGUGUUUGCGGAUUUGAACCUGAGGAAGGGCUCUGAUACGAAAGCGCUUAAGGGGCUUCUGGAGAACGCCGCUCACCUUGGGUUUUCGACUGUUGCCAUUAAUCAUGUUGUGAACUUUAAGGAAAAGAAGCAGGAAAUUGACAAACCAGUAGUUCCUUCAGAGCUCUUUUAAUCUCUGCCUAUUGUAUAGGGGAAAUCAAAACCAAUUAAAAUUCUAAGCAGACUGACACUUAUAGUAUCAGAUCCAUCUCACUGCAAUGUUCUGAGAGCAACAUCUUCCUGUGUCAAGCUGUAUGACAUUGUUGCAGUUUUCCCUAAGACAGAAAAACUUUUCCAUGUUGCUUGCACAAGUUUAGAUGUAGAUUUGGUAUGCAUAACAGUAACAGAGAAAUUGCCAUUUUACUUCAGAAGACCUCCCGUUAAUGUGGCAAUUGAACGAGGUAUUGGCUUUGAGAUUACUUAUUCUCCUGCCAUCAAAGACUCCACAAUGAGGAGAUAUACCAUUUCCAAUGCACUCAGUCUGAUGCAGAUCUGCAAAGGGAAGAACGUAAUUAUAUCUAGUGAUGCAGAAAGGCCUUUAGAAAUAAGAGGACCAUAUGAUGUAGCAAACUUAGGCCUGUUGUUUGGGCUCUCUGAAAGUGAUGCCAAGGCAGCAGUAUCCACGAAUUGCAGGGCAACGCUUCUUCAUGGAGAAACCAGAAAGACUGCUCUUGGUAUUAUUUAUACAACAAAGAAGCCAAGAACAACUGAAGAGGAUGACAGUGUUCCAGCCUGCAAAAAAGCCAAAUGUGAGGACUGACUGAAAGAGGUGCCUUGACUUUCA